ACAGCGACUAACGCUAACGGAUUUAUGGCGCUAGACAUUUGGUUCCAAAACACGGCUGGACCGACUAAGAAACAAGCAGUUGCUCUCCGCGUAAAUGCUGAUCAAUCUGUCUUUUAUCGCUGUCGAAUAGAUGGCUACCAGGACACGCUUUUCGCUCAGCUGAAUCGACAGUUCUAUCGUGAUUGUUACAUCACGGGAACCAUUGACUUUAUAUUUGGGGAUGCUGCCGCAAUAUUCCAAAAUUGUGAGAUUGUGGCACGAAAGCCUCUAAACGGACAGAGCAAUGUGCUGACGGCUCAAGGACGCAUUGAUCCGACCAGAAAUUCUGGCUUCUCGCUUCAAAGGUGUAAUAUAACAGCGAGCUCCGAUCUAGCUCCGGUCAAAGGAACAGUAAAAUCAUUCUUAGGACGUCCGUGGAAAAAGUUUUCUAGAGUGGUAAUAAUGCAGUCAUUCAUAGAUGAUUUUAUUGAUCCGGGUGGGUGGAUUCCUAUGAACAACGAUGUUGGACGUUUAUCGACGUUGUUCUUUGGUGAAUACGAGAACAAGGGUCCUGGGGCAGACACUAGAAGAAGGGUUAAAUGGCAAGGACACAAAUUGAUGACUGAUUCGAAGGAGGCAUCAAAAUUCACAGUGACUAGUCUUAUUAAUGGUGAGUUGUGGCUUAAUUCUACCAUUGUGCCUUAUGAGGAAGGACUCUAA